AUGUCUACACGUAAAGUAGUGGUAACAGGGUUAGGUUUAGUGACACCAUUAGCGACUGGAGUGAAACUUUCUUGGAAAAAAUUAAUAAAUGGUGAAAGUGGAAUAAUAUCUUUAAAAUCAAAUCAACAAACACGAAUUGAUGAAAAUAAUUUAAUGAUCUUACCAUAUUACGAAAAAGAAAAAGGGGUGUUUAAUGAGCUACCUUCAACUAUAGCUGGUGUUGUUAAACCUGGUAAAUAUGAGAACGGUGGGUUUGAUUCAAAAGAGUGGCUGGAUCGUGGGGAUGAAAGUAGAAUGGCAUUAUUUUCACAAUAUGCCAUUUGUGCAGCAAAGCAAGCAUUAAAUGAUGCAGAAUGGAAACCGACGUCUGUUCCUGAGAGAAAUCGAACAGGAGUUUGUAUAGGAUCAGGAAUUGGUAGUCUUGAAGAUGUUAUAUCGACCACCAUGACGUAUAACGCUUACGGACCGAGAAAAGUUAGUCCUAUGUUUGUACCAAAGAUCCUGAUAAACAUGGCAGCAGGGCAUUUAACCAUGAAAUAUGGAUUUCGUGGUCCAAAUCAUGCAGCGUCAACGGCAUGUACAACAGGAGCUCACUCGAUUGGAGAUGCAAGUCGAUUUAUACAAUUUGGAGAUGCGGAUGUUAUGGUAGCAGGAGGAUCUGAAGCAUGUGUAUUGCCUUUAGCCAUAGCAGGAUUUGCAAAAGCAAAGUCUUUGGUAACCAAGUAUAAUGAUCGACCCGAACAUGCGUCAAGGCCGUUUGAUACAGAUCGGGAUGGAUUUGUUAUAGGAGAGGGAGCCGGAAUGGUGGUACUCGAAGAAUAUAAUCACGCAAUUAAUCGAGGAGCAAAGAUUUAUGCCGAACUGCGUGGAUAUGGUUUAUCCGGGGAUGCUCAUCAUAUUACGGCCCCUCCUGGGGAUGGUAUUGGCGCCGAAUUAGCAAUGCGUAGAGCAUUAUAUCAUGCUAAAUUAACGCCAGAAGAUAUUGAUUAUAUCAAUGCACAUGCAACUUCAACUAUACUAGGUGACAUUGCCGAGAAUCGAGCUAUAAAAUCAAUAUUUCGGGAUAAUAAGAAAUUAGCAAUAUCUUCAACUAAGGGAUCGAUUGGACAUUUAUUAGGAGCUGCCGGGGCAGUUGAAGCGAUCUUUACAAUUUUGGCGAUCUAUAAUGGAAAAUGGUUUAAGGAUAAUAAGAGUUUUGGAACACGACAGGAAAAUAUUCUUCCGCCAACAUUAAAUUUACAUUCAUCGGGUGAUCCAUCAGAGUUCAACGAUUUUAAUUAUGUCCCAUUAAAAUCUCAAAAGGUUGAUGGAAAUGGUAUAAGGGCUGCUUUAACCAAUUCUUUUGGAUUUGGUGGAACAAAUGCUAGCUUGUGCUUCGUUAGAUGA